AUGACUACCACUCCUCCCCCUCCCGCUUCGGUCCAAACCCACCGAGACCUCGUCCCCAUCAACACCUUCACCUCCUCGACGGGCCAGCACGGCUCCCUCAUGGUCACGGACAUCUACAUCCUCCCGGACAAGCUGGACGAGUACGUCCGGCUCGUGACGCCCGUGGUGCGCACCAUGCGCGACAUGCCCGAGUGCCUGUUCUGCGAAAUCUCCCAGGACCCCACGGACGCGGCGCACAUUCGGAUCCAGCACAGUUGGACCGAGGGGACGGAUUGGUUCGUCCGGGCUUGCGAAUCACAGCAGUGGUUUGCCGACUAUGUCGAAGGGCUCGCCGGUAUCGCGGACAUGAGCAGAGGCCGUAGGUUUCACCCCAUCGCUGUCCCAAAAACAAACGAUGCAUAA